AUGUGGAUGGAGGAAAAAGUAAGAGAUCGUCCAUUGAGUCAACCAAAAUUUAGUCUGCGUUGUCAAAGUGGACAAGUGAUGUUGCCUUUAUUGCCAGAAACUCCUGAAUUUUUACAACAGUUUACUCAUGUGAGAUUCAGGGAACACAUAAGGACAUAUAACUCCCUAUUAUCCUUCACGUCCAUAGGUGGGAAAAUUGAUCAGUCAGUGUUAGAUGGAAGGGGUCCCUAUGUUUUUCGUAUUAAUGGAGCAAAUUUUCAUAAAAUUGGUUCUCUACUACCGGAACCUGGAACAAGGCCUAAAUUUGCACAACUCUAUAUUUAUGACACUGAGCAUGAAAUUCGCAAUAGAAUGGAUGCUAUGAAUAGGUGUGGUGGCACAUCGGGAAUUGAUACGUCCACAUUAGAAGGUUUACAGUCAAUGUUGAAUGUCAUCAAUCCAUAUGUUUCAAUUUUUCGCACUGCUCGAGACAUGAUUCGUGAGAAUGGUGCUCAAGAAUUGCAUAUUCGCAUUUUGAGUUCGAGGGAUAGAAGACAGUACACCAGACCCACUACAACUGAAAUUGUUGCAUUAAUUGUUGGUGAUGGGUCUGAAAGCACUACAAAUCGUGACAUAAUUGUUAGAAAAUUAGAUGGACAUUUACAAAGGAUUAAUGAAACACAUCCUUCAUACAUGCCACUUCAAUAUCCAUUACUUUUUCCCUAUGGGACUGAUGGAUGGAGAAGGUCUAUAAGUUUUACUCUGGCUAUUGAGCAAGAUAGACUAAACUUCAUUAGGCAUAAACAGAAUGUGUUGCGGACUAAUUUGUACAGAGGUUUAGAAGAUGCUGUGACAGCGGGUGAUAGUGAUGCAUCAGCCAUUGGUAGGAGAUUUAGACUGCCAUCAUCUUUUAUAGGCGGCCCACGAAAUAUGGUUCAGCAUUACCAAGAUGCGAUCGCAAUAUGUCGAAAGAUGGGAUUUCCUGACCUUUUUGUCACAUUCACAUGUAACCCAAAUUGGUUAGAAGUUCAACAGGAGGUAGCGCGCAUUCCAAAUCGACGUACAGAGGAUAUACCGGAUAUACUUGCGAGAGUUUUUCGAAUUAAAUUGAAACAACUGAUGGCAUAUUUCAAGAACCGAAAAUUCUUUGGCAAAAUAAUUGCAGAUAUUCACGUCAUCGAAUUUCAAAAGCGAGGGUUACCGCAUUCGCACAUUAUCUUGACAUUAUUAGCAGAUGACAAGAUAAAAUCGCCAGAGGAAAUUGAUGAUAUAAUUUGUGCUGAAAUUCCUGAUAAGGAUGAAGAUCCAUUAGCAUUUCAAACAGUGAUGAGGUGCAUGAUACAUGGUCCCUGUGGCAGUGCUAAUCCUAAUGCCCCAUGUAUAGUGAAUGGAAAAUGUUCAAAACAUUAUCCGAAGAAUUUUUGCAGUGAAACGAGUAUUGAUGAAAAUGGAUUUGCUAUCUAUAGGCGAACGGAUACAAAGAAAAAAUACAUGGUUAAUGGAUUUGAAAUUGACAACAUAUGGGUUAUUCCAUACAACCGUGAUCUUAUUGUAUUGUAUGAUGCCCAUAUCAAUAUUGAGCGUUGUGCACACAGUAAAUUGAUCAAGUACUUAUAUAAAUACAUACAUAAAGGUCCUGAUCGUGCAACGGUUGUAAUUGAAGAUAAUGUUAAUCGACUUAACACUGAUGGACAAAGUCUGUAUAGAGAGGCUGAUGAGGUAAAACAAUACUUAGAUUGUCGAUAUAUCUCCGCAAUUGAAUGGUACUGGCGUAUAUUUGAGUUUGAAUUGCAAAAGCAAUACCCUUCAGUUGAACGGUUGCAGUACCAUCUACCUGGGGAACAAUCUAUUCUAUUUAGAGACACAGAUAACAUUCCGUCAAUUAUUAAUCAGUCAGGGGUUUACGAGACAAUGUUUACAAUGUGGUUUCAAGCAAACAGAGAUCAUGUAGAGGCGAGUACAUUAACAUAUGAAGAGUUUCCUAGCUCAUGGGUUUGGAACCAGAAACAGAAGAAGUGGAAAAUGAGGCAACAACAAAUAUGCAUAGCUUUAACAGAAGCCUCAACAUGGGCAUCAGGUGCUCAGCUGCGAAAUAUGUUUUGCUCAAUGCUAAUGUUUUCUGAGGUUACAAAUGCAUAUGAAUUGUGGGAGAAUCAUUGGUUUGACCUUAUUGAUGAUUUACAAAAUAGGGUACAAAGGCAAAUUGGGGAUGGCAAUAUAAGUCUCGAAGAAUGUGAAUUGAAAAAUUUAGGAUUGCUUGAAAUUGAGCACAUACUAAAUCAGAAUGGAAGGUCUCUUAAAGAGUUUCCUCCGAUGCCACUACCAUCAUAUCGAUCAGGUCAAAUGGUUACUAAUAGGCUCAUAAGGGAGGAAUUGAACUACGAUAGCAUUUCAGAAAUGCAAUCUUUUGAAUCUUUAUAUGUGGGAUUGAAUGAUGACCAAUUGAAAGUGUUUAACACCAUAAUGGAAGCUUAUUCCACUCAUCAUGGGGGCUUAUUUUUUGUGUAUGGCAGUGGAGGAACUGGAAAGACAUAUUUAUGGAGCACUUUAAUUGCAAAAUUUCGAUCCGAUAAGAAGAUUAUUCUUUCUAUUGCAUCAUCAGGUAUUGCAACUUUGCUCUUACCCGGGGGACGAACUGCCCAUUCCCGUUUCAAGAUUCCACUUGACCCUGAUAACUCAUCAUGUUGUUCAAUAAAUCAAGGGACAGAUUUGGCAAGGUUAAUUCAAGAGGCGUCGUUAAUUAUAUGGGAUGAAGCACCAAUGGUUAGUCGUCAUGCUUUUGAAGCUGUUGAUAGUACAUUUAGGGACAUAUUGAAAAAUACAGAACAUUGUUCAGGGGAUAGGGUUUUUGGUGGAAAACUAUUUGUGCUUGGUGGUGACUUUAGACAAAUAUUGCCUGUCGUACCUAGAGGUGGGCGUGAACAAACAGUGGAAGCUUCAUUACCUAAGUCAACAAUUUGGGAGCAUUGUCAAGUUUUGCAUCUUACCAGAAAUAUGCAUGUUACAGCACAAGAUAUUUCUAAUCAUACGCGUCAUGAAUUACGUGACUUUGCAGAGUGGAUUAAAUUGGUUGGUGAAGGGAAAAUAAUGGGAAGCUCAUUUAGUGAAGGCUAUGAACCUAAUUGGAUACAGAUACCAGAAAAAUUUGUUAUAAAAAAUGGAGAAAGAGAUUUGCACCAGUUAAUCGAUGCCACCUAUCCUGAUUUCAUAAAUAAAUAUCAGGAUAUGUCGUACUUAAAAGAACGAGGCAUUUUAGCUCCUAAAAAUAGUGAUGUUGAUGAAAUCAAUUCUAUUAUGCUUUCGAUGCUUCCUGGAGAGAUGAAAACUUUUAACAGUGCUGAUAAAUUGUGUCCAACAGAAAGUGAGAGCAAUGUUCAAGACAUGAACCCUCCUGAACUUUUGCAUUCUUUGAAUUUACCAGGACUUCCAAAUCAUUGUUUGCAGUUGAAAGUUGGAACACCAAUAAUGCUUCUAAGAAAUGUCAACCAAUCUUUGGGAUUAUGCAAUGGCACUCGAUUAAUUGUUGAUAAGAUGGGAAAUCGAGUAAUUGAAGCUAGAGUUAUUACAGGGUCUAGAGUUGGUGAGAAAGUACUACUUUCACGUAUUGUUUUAACACCUUCCAAAAAUCAUGCUCCUUUUACAAUGAAAAGAAGGCAAUUUCCAAUAAAGUUGGCAUUCGCUAUGACAAUAAAUAAGAGUCAAGGGCAAACUUUGAAGAAUGUGGGCCUUUAUCUUCCGAAUCCAGUCUUCUCUCAUGGCCAGCUGUAUGUAGCUCUAUCACGUGUCACCUCCCCAUCAGGCUUAAAGGUGUUGAUUAUUAAUAAACAAGGCAUACCGGAUGAUGUCACCAAAAAUGUAGUUUACAUAGAAGUUUUUAGUGGCAUUGAUCAAUAA